CUCCUCCGCUGACACACCUGCUGCCUGGGAGGAGCUGAGACAGGUGGACGCUCCUUAAGCCGAGGGAGGGCGACGCCAAGGAGGAGACAGAGGCAGAGGAAGAGGAGAAACGCAGUUGGACCCGGGCCUCAACAUGUCGACCAACGGUGCCGUAAAGCUCAGCAAGGCUCAGGUCAGUGAUCUGGCCUUGAUCGUUGCUCGCAUGCAGAAAAAUGCAGAUAAAGUGGAGAAGGACAUCCUGCGAUCAGAGCAGCUGCUGGCUGUGGACGCAGCGCGGGAGGAGAAGAAAGAGCCGUGGAUGCACCAGAAGGAGGUGGCAGACAACCUGGUGCAGGCCGAGGGCUUGCUGAAGAACCUGUUCCUGGACGUGGACAAGGCCAAGAAGCUGCAGCAUCCGCAGGCGGGUAUCAUCGAGAAGGAUGUGAAAAACCUCCAUGACCGCUGGGUGAAGGACUGCGCUGACUACAGGAAGCUGUACGACAAGGUGCUGAACGUGGACCCGGCCCAGAAGAUCGACUGGGGGCCUGUGCUGGAGGAGAAGCUGAAGCGGCUGAAAGCGGACGCCUACGGCCCCAAGCGCACGGACGUGGAGAAGCAGAUCGCCGCUCACAACAUCCUGCACCAGGAGAUCGAGGCCUACGGCGCCCAGCUGCAGCCCGGCACGGUGCCCUCAAAGGAGCAGUACAACACCCUCAGGGCCAAAUACGCAGAGCUGCUGGCGACCUCCCAGCAGCGGCGCAGCCACCUGGCGUCUCUGUACGAGUACAUGCAGAGCUGCAGCAAGGAGCUGGUGUACCUGUCCGGCCAGCAGGAGAGGAUCCUGCAGAGAGACUGGAGCGACCGCAUGGUCGACCCUCGAGACGUCCGCACGGAGUACGAGAAAUUCAAAGUCAGCGGACUCCUGGCCCACGAGAGCGAAGUCAACAAGAUCCAGGAGGAGGGAGAUCGUCUGGUGGAAAAGAAGCAUCCAGGCAGCCCCACCAUUAAGGCUCACAGAGACACGGUGCAGGCCGACUGGCAGGCCUUCCUCAACCUGUGUCUGGCACAGGAGACGCACCUGGACAACGUGGAGGAGUACAAGAAGUUCCAGCUGGAUGCAGACACGCUGUCCGAGUCCCUGGAGAGACUACGUUCCACGCUGGACCCGAAGUCUCUGGAGAAAAAGAGCAACUCUGAGGUGCUGCUGGCGCUGGAGGCCGACGAGCCUGCGGUGCGAAGGAACGAGCAGCGCCUGGACGCCCUCCGGCAGCUCAGCAGCGAGGUGGUGCCGCUGAAGCUGCGGCGGGUCCAGCCCAGCAGAACCACCAGCGCCGUGUCGCUGUGUGACUGGAUGGACGAGGACUCGGUGAGACGCGGUGAGACCCUCGUCCUCAAGUCCAUCGUUAAUAAUCGAGACUGGAAGCUUCAGACCAGCAGUGGGCAGCUCAAAACGCUGCCUGGGGCGUGUUUCAUGGUGCCUCCACCCGACGCUGAGGCCCUGGACAGAGUGAGCAGCCUGGAUAAAGUCCUGACAGACUUGAAAAGUCGCAGAUCUGCACUUUCGGCCUCAUUGAAGAGCUCCAACGAGGAGGUGGUUCGCUCCCAGAAGACCGCGUCUGUGAAAAGUGCCCCCGAAGACCCCAGAGCUGCAGAACUAGCCAGUGAACUGGACCGGAUCAACAGAGCUCUGCUGAAGGUUGAAAAGGAAAUCCAGGGCCGACUGAGGACGCCGCUGGACAGCAGCAACCCCACACAAGACCUGGAGAGCAGACAGCAGGAGCACGAGAGAUCUGCUCUGACUGUAAAGAAGCUGGAGGCUGAGAAGUCUGCGAUCCAGAGAGAAAUGGAUCCCAUUCUGGCCAAGAUCCCCCUGGGCCCCAACGCUUCGUCACUGCCCCCAAAGCUCAGCACUGCCAACAACAAGAUCAAUGACCUCAACUCGCUCCUCGACCUCUAUAAUAAGAAAGCUACAGCCUCCAUGUUCCUGGAGAAGCAGAUCCAGAGUGUGGAAGGCAUCGUGUCUGGCUUUGAGCAGCAGCUCGCUAAGGACCUGAGCAUCCCUGACCAGCCCGACGCCCUCCAGAACCGCAGCCAGGAGCUCAAGAUUUUGCGUAAGGAUGCGGCUUCACAGAAAGCUGAGCUAAAUAAACUAGGCAAAGAGCUGGACCUGACCCAACAGGCCUGCAGCCCCCUGCAGCACAGCUUCAGCGAAUACUGUCCUGACAUCUGCCGCCAGGAGAACCAGGUGAAACGUCUGAAGAACCGUUACUCAAACGUGGACCUGCAGGUGCAGGACAGGAUCGCUCUCAUCCAGGAAGCCAUAAACAAACAGCAGGACUUCCAGAAUGCUCUUCUGUCGGUGGAUUUCUUCCUGGUCAAUUUGCCCAACAAUGCGAUCGAACCUACUGACGAUGUGGCCCAAAUAACAGCCAAGCAGAGAGCGCAGAAGAAAGUGACCGAAGACAUCGAGAGAAAAUCGGAGGAUCUGAACCGUGUCCGGGGUUUGUCCCGUGACCUGCAAAGCCUCCUAAACACUUACGAGGUUAAAUGCAAAACCUACCGUGGCAGUCUGAACGAUGAUGAUGAUGAUGAUGAAGACGAUGAAGAACCAGCUCCAAAGAAACGUCAAGCCAUGGCUCAGGCUGUGCACGCAAAGGAGAAAGAUCUGCUGAACCUUUUCUCUGAGGUUUCUGCAGAGAACCAACAGCUGCUUAACCAGAUGGAGACAGCAAAGAACCUCAAAGCCAGAAGUGAUGAGAAAGUGAAUCAGGUGGUAGUCAGCCAUCAGCUGCAGCUGCAAAGCCAACAGAAGGACCUGGAGGCGAGCGACCUCCUGAAAAAAGAGCUAAACGAGGAGAUCGACAGACGCAUAGACGCAGAGAGAGACCUGGAGACGUACCGCAAGAGAUUCGUGUCUCUGAAGAGCAGGAGAGGAGUGGAGCGGUUGGAGGAGAAGGAGGUGGUACAGUAUUACCGGGACCCCAAGCUGGAGGUGGAACUACAGUCCCUGAAGAACCGGAUCGAGGACGAAGCCGUGAAAAGGUCCAGAAUCCACACUGAGGUAGAAAUCAUCCACGGGAAGAUCACCAAGCUUGAAGUAGAACGGACCAAAGUUGAACCCAAACUGGUCACCAAGGUGCUGACUGAAUAUGAGAGAGACCCACAGCUCGACAAAGAAGCAGCCAAGAUUAGAGACGAGAUUCAAAAACUGCAACAGGGGGUUGAGACGAGAAGCACUGAGACCAUCCGCUUGAGGACUGACCUCACGGUUCUCACACAGCAGCAACCAAAGAUCAGGGAGAAGGUUGUGAAGAAGGAAGUUGUGAGACUGGAAAAAGACCCAGAGAUGCUGAAAGCUGUUCUCACCUUCCAGGGAGACAUCGCUGAGGAGGAGGCUCGGUGCAAGUCCCUCAAUGAUAACAUCUUUAGUCUGAGAAGCCAAAUAAACACAUUAGAAAGAGUCAUUCCAACCAUCCAGCCCAAAAUAGUCAGCAAGGUGGUGAAGCAGGUCCAGCAAGACCCGGAAACAGUGGAGGAGUUCAGGAAAAUCCAAAUGGCCCUGGAGGAGGAGAAGGAUGAGACGACUUCGCUGAUUAAGGAGCUGACCACCCUACAGCUACGCUACAGUGAGCUGGAGAAGCUCCGGCCCAAAGUUGAGCUCAAAGAGAUCAUCAACGAGAUAUUUAGGGUCGACCCCGAGACGGAGGUUGAGCUGGUCCGACUGAGGAAAGAGCUGCAGGACUGUAGCCGAAACCGUACAGACCUAGAGAGAGAAAGCAAUUCUGUGUUGACUACUCUGAGCGGCCUCCGUGCUCAGAAACCCAAAGUGGAGUACAAGGAAGUGACACAGGAAGUGAUCAAAGAGGAGAAGAGCCCAGAGGUCAUCAGGGAGUUACAAAGGCUGAAUAACCAGGUGUCGCGUCUACAGGUGAACGUUGACAGCACCCUGGAGCUGCUGAGCCGCCUGCGGAAGGAACGAGAUGAGCUGAAGGCAGAAAAAUCCAAGGUGGAGACGAAGCUCGUGAAUAAAGAAGUGAUCAUAUAUGAGAACGAUCCUCUCCUCGAGAAGGAGGCCGACAGACUUAGGAGGAAUGUACGGGAGGAGAUUCAGCAGCGCCGCAGUCUGGAGGAAUGUCUCUUUGAGCUGCAGAACCAAUACAUCACUCUGGAGCGGCAGAAGCCUGACGAGAAGGUGGUGGUUCAGGAGGUUGUGCGUCUGGAGAAGGACCACAAGCAGAUUCUACAGCACGAGAAUCUGAACAAGACCCUGGACGAAGAGAGUAAGGAACGCAGAAAGCUGGAGUUAGAGGUCCGGCAGCUCAGGGCCCUGAUUCAAGAAAUCCAGAUGACACUGAGUCAGAUGGACGAUCGACAGAAGAAGAUUCAAGUGGAGUCAGAGCUCAGGCAGGUCAAAGCUCGCAUCCUUGAAUUGGAGACCGCUCCACCGCCCGUUGAGGAAAAGAUCAUCAUUGAGGAGGUUCUGAAGGUGGAGAGGGACCCCAAACUGGAAAGGCUCACGGAGGGGAUUCGUGGCAAGUUGGAGACCGAGGCCACAAGUAUCACUGAUCUGGAGAAAGAAAUACGCAACCUGCAGCUCAAACUGGAAAUUCUGCAGAAGGAGAAGUCGAUUGAAAAGGUUGUUUAUAGAGAAGUGGUCCGUGUAGAGAAGGACCCAGCGGUAGAGGCCGAAAGGGCGCGUCUACGCGAGCUAGUGUCGCAAGAGAGAAACCUGAGGCGGGACCAGGAAGACGUGGUCCAGAGCAUUAGCAUCAAAAUCGCUCAUCUGCAAACGUCCAAAUCUGUAGCGUCUCAGGAGCAGAACACUCUCAUCAGCAACAGAGACGCUCUGCAGAGGGAGAAGGAGGACCUCCUCAGGGAGCUGACCACCAUCGAGUCCCAACGACAGAGCAUCACCGUGGCCUUCCAGCAGCAGUCCAAGCUGAUGGGAGAGCGGAACCAGAUGGCACGACAGAGAAGCGUCAAGGUUUCCUCCGAGAUCCAGCAGCUGGAAAAGGAGAUCCUGGAGGAGAAAGACAAAAUCAACCAGAGAGAGAUCCUCAUUCUCCAGCUGCAGAGCGGCAUAAAGAAGGAGGACCAGACUGAAACUCACACCAGAGAGACCAACCUGUCCACCAGGAUCACCAUCCUGGACCCAGACACCGGAACCAACCUGUCUCCCUACGACGCCUACAAGAAGGGGCUCAUCGAGCGCGACCAGUACAUCCACCUGUCAGAGCUGGAGUGUGACUGGGAGGAGAUCACCUCUACCGGCCCCGAUGGCGACACCACCAUUCUGCAGGACCGCAAGAGUGGGAAGCAGUUUGCAUUGAAGGAAGCUCUGAAGGACGGACGACUAACUCAGUACGACAUCGACCGCUACAGGGCCGGGAAGAUGUCCAUCUCAGAGUUCGCCCUGCUGGUCACAGGGGAGACCAAGAAGCCCUACCUUCCCCCAACAACAACCCCAAGAUCUCCUACAGCGUACUCCCCCCUGAGCGCCAUGCCGCCCUCCCUCAGGUCCUCGCAGCCCAGCCUGAGCAACCUCUCCAGCACCCCGACCUCCCUCAGGUCCUCGCAGCCCAGCCUGAGCAACCUCUCCAGCACCCCGACCUCCCUCAGGUCGUCCUACAGCAAACUCAGCGGCAGUCUGAGCAAACUCACUCCAUCUGCAGGAGAGGAGCAUUUUCCCAUCUCUGGCAUCUUCGACACCACCACCGAGAGCCGCAUGUCUGUGAGAAGCGCUCUGACCCGUAAACUGAUUGACGCCGACACGGCUCUGAAGCUGCUGGAGGCCCAGGCAGCUUCUGGAGGCAUCGUUGAUCUCACCAAAGUGGACAAACUGUCGGUGCAUAAGGCGGCCGAAGCCGGCCUCAUUGACAGCAGCCACAUGCACAAGCUGCUGAGCGCCCAGAAAGCCUUCACCGGGGUGGAGGACCCCACGACCAAGCAGCGUCUGGCUGUGGGGCAGGCAGCACAGAAGGGCUACAUCCCCCAGGACAGCGCCUGGAGGUACAUGGAGGCCCAGUGUCUGACCGGAGGCUUGGUGAAUCCCAACAAGGCCGGACGCCUCAGCGUCCAACAGGCGUUGGACUGUGGGCUCAUCGACAGCCAAACGGCCAAACAUCUGCAGGACGAGGCUUCGCACGCCAAGGAGCUGGUGGAUCCCAUCUCCAAGGAGAAGCUGUCGUACAAGCAGGCCAUGGAGCGCUGCAGGAGGGACGCCAGCACGGGGCUGCCGCUGCUUCCUGCCGCCUCCACCGACACCGUGGACGCGCCCUCGUACUCCGGCUACCGCUUUGGCUCCUACAACAGAAAGUAGACGCGGGUCUGCUGCAGCCGCUGGUGCUACGGGUGUAAGACAAAGAUGUGGGCUUUUGGAGCUAGUUCUGGUCUUCUGUUAAAUGAAGGGAACCUCUGUCUGUUGCUGUGUUGAGCAGUGUUUAUUAAAAUCCACGUUUCACAUGAA